UUUUUCUUUUUCUUUUUCUUUUUUUUAUUCCUUUAAAGAUGAGUAAACUUUUAAAAUUUGAAGGCUAUAAUUAUUUAAGACAAAGACUUAUUCUUGCCACAUUAAGUGGUAAGCCUGUACGCAUUGAAAAGAUCAGAUCCGAUGAUGAAAAUCCCGGUCUACGAGAAUUCGAAAUGAAAUUUCUUAGAUUAUUAGAAAAAGUAACCAAUGGAUCUGUUAUUGAAAUUAGUUAUACAGGUACAUCUCUCUUAUAUAGACCUGGCGCUAUCGAAGGUGGACGUAUUCAACAUGAUUGUGGUACUGAUAGAAGUAUUAGUUAUUAUUUGGAACCAAUGAUAGCACUUGCACCAUUCUCUAAGAAGCCAUUUGUAUUAACGUUGGAAGGUAUCACAACAGAUCAUAUCGAUCCUUCAGUGGAUCUUAUACGUACAGUUUUAUUACCUCAAUUGAAAAGAUAUGGUGUAGAUCAGAAUUUAGAACUUAAGAUUACAAAGAGAGGAGCACCUCCUUUGGGUGGAGGAGAAGUUAUAUUUUCAUGUAUUCCUAUUCGACAAUUAAAACCAGUUCAAUUUGUGGAUGAGGGACGUAUCAAGCGUAUUCGUGGUAUUGCCUAUUGUACUCGUGUUUCUCCUCAAACUGCAAAUCGUUUGGUUGAGUCUGCUCGUUCAUUAUUAAAUAGAUACAUUCCUGAUAUUUAUAUUUAUACUGAUGUUUAUAAAGGAGCUGAAAGUGGCAAAUCACCUGGGUUUGCAUUAUCUCUAGUAGCAGAAUCAAAUACAGAUGUUUUAUUGUCUGCAGAAAAAGCAGCAGAACCAGGUCAAACACCCGAAGAUGUGGGCAUUAUGGCAUCUAAAUUAUUAUUAAAUGAAAUUCGCAAAGGUGGUUGUGUGGACACUACAAGUCAAUGGUUAAAUUUAUUAAUGAUGAUUUUGGCUCCUGAAGAUGUUAGUAAAAUUAGAAUUGGUGAACUUUCUGCGUUUACUAUUCAAUAUUUACGUGAUAUUAAGUCAUUCUUUGGUGUAUCUUUCAAAAUACAGCCUGAUGAGUCAAAUGAUACAAUUCUUAUGACUUGCUUAGGUAUUGGUUAUGUAAAUCACAAUAAAAAGACAACAUAGAUAGCAUUUUGUACAAAUAAAACCUAUAAUAUAUAUACACACACAUACACACACACACACAUAUAUAUAUAUAUAUAUACAAAGAAUUUUAUUUAUUACAGUUCCAUGAAAC